GCAGAGACGCGUUAUUUUCGGGUAGCCUGGUCGCACUUCGCCUCCCGCGUGUCGGGAGAGUCUGGAGUGUGUGCAUCGCGGGCCCCAUGGAGAGGCACUGGCUGUGGCUGCAGCGGAGGCUGGAGCCCGGAUCACCGCUGCAGCCCUUGGUAACCCGACUCCUGGGGCGCGGGGAUUGAAGAGGCCGCGCGAGCGCGGCGAGCUGUGAACAAAAGCCCUCGGCGCGGGCAGGAGCCCCGGGCGUGCGAGACGCCACAUAGAGACAGCCAUGGUGGACCCCGUGCCUGCAGAGAAGGCGAGCACCGAGCCCCGCGCCUCAGGAGGAGGUGAAGCCGCCGCCGCGGGGCCCCCAGAUGCCCAGGACGCGCGGCAGCCCGCGGCUGGCACGGCCUCGACCUCGGUGCCCUGCAAAGCGGAGAUGGCGUGCUUGGCCGAAGGCGGGCGGCGAGAGCAGUCCCCGCUGCUGCACCUCGACCUCUUCAACUUCGACUGCCCCGAGGCCGAGGGCAGCCGCUACGUGCUGACCAGUCCCCGCUCGCUGGAGGCCUGUGCCCGGUGCGCCGUGAAGCCGGUGGAGCUGCUCCCGCGGGCCCUGGCCGACCUGGUGCGCGAAGCCCCCGGCCGCUCCAUGCGGGUGGCCACGGGCCUGUACGAGGCGUACGAGGCGGAGCGACGCACCAAGCUGCAGCAGUGCCGGGCCGAGCGGGAGCGCAUCGUGCGCGAGGAGAAGCGGCGCCUCUUCACGCCGCUGGGCGCCGCCGCCCCCGCCCCGGGCGCAGCCAGCAGUGGCAGCUGCAGCAGCGCCAGCCUGCCGGCCUCGCCCGCGCCGCGCGCGGCCCGAAAAGCUUCCCCCAGCCUCUCCCCGGCCCGGACCCAGCCUCCGCCCGCGGGCUCGAGGGCCGGCAAGAAGAGCCACUCGCUGGACUCGCUGUCUCGCCGACGCGACGGCGCCCUCAGCUCCGAAUCCGCCGCGUCGUCGUCGUCGUUCAGUGGCGAGAGCCUGCGGGACGUGCGCUGGCCCACGCGGGCCUCGGCCAGGCACAGCUACCCAGCCGGCACGGCGUCCUCCGCCCCCAACCCUUCGGGCUGCCCCUCCGCCCUGCCCUUGGUUCCGAUCACGGGCCGCAGCUUCAGCCUGGGCGACCUGAGCCACUCGCCGCAGACUGCCCAGCACGUGGAGCGCAUCGUGCGGCAGGUGCGCGCCGAGCGGGGCCUGCGUGGGGUGCCCGAGCGCGACCGGAAGAUCGCAGCGCUCAUGCUGGCGCGGCACCAAGAGGAGCGCCUGCUGCGGGAGCAGCGCGCCGUGGCCCACGGGCAGUGGGAGCAGCAGCGCGUGCACGCCAAGCAGCGGCGGAAAAAAGAAAAGAAAAAAAAAACUUAA